CAUAGCACUUAGAUUGUAAAUAAAAACUUUGCUUAAUUUGAAAAUUUUCAUUUCCAAUAAAGUUUGUUACUUCAUCUCAUAACUCGAGUGCCUACGAGAUUUCAUACAUUAUUGUUUCGCAAGCUAUCGUCGCCUUUUAUGGGGAUAAGCUCGGCUAUUUUCCUUUCAAGGUCGCACGUUGUAUUAGCUUGCGAGGUUAUGAUCGAUUAUUUGUUAUGAUAAUGUAAACGUGCACCGGAGCAGUGAAAUUGUAUCUAGUAAUCGGUUUUAGUUGUUGUACUGUGUUAAUUGAAAAUUAUACUCUACUUUUCAUUUAUUUAAAAAUGGAAAUGGAUACCGUAGUUAAGAGUAUUACCGCGGAAGACACGUUCGUACGUCUGGUUAACGAUAUUCUUUGCAUUACCAAAAAUCACCCUUGCGAUAAACGAUUGUUGUACCUUAAUUUACAAAGCCUUAAUCAAUUGAAUUACGUGUAUAUGGUCGUGGAAGACGAAACGAUUGUUACUUCAUUGUUAAAUAAACUCAGCUCGUCGAUACACCCACGCGAUGAUCCUUUGGUUCGAGAGUUUUUUCGAUUUUUAGAAAACUUGGUCAAGUGCAACUUCAUAAUGGCAGAUUGUACUUAUUUCACUUGUAAACAAUGGAUAACGAAAGGCUUUCGACACACACAAUCUAAAUCACUAGAGUUAUUUUUAGCCUUCCAAAGUUUAUUGCAAAUAACUUCAUUUGAUACAAUAUUACAGGAUUUGGAUUAUAUGUUACAAGACAACUCUUUCAUCAUAAAAAAUGUAUAUCCAAGGAAUAAAAAUGCCACUAGUACAUAUUUUCUGGCUCUAGGUUGCUUGAAAAUUGUUUUACAAAAAAAUGAAAAAUCUAAAAGUAAAAUAAAAUCAGAAUAUUUAGAAAAAAUAUGUAACAUCGUUUUCAAUAGCUUGAAUGAAAUCCAAUAUAAAAAAACUGAUGAUGUUAAUUUCAAUAAGAUUGUACUUACAUCUAUAAAAAUGUUACAAUUUCUUCUGAAUGAAAAAAAUGAAUUUGAUCGUACGGAUAUGAUAGGAAAAAUUUUGGGUGUUGUACAAGCAUAUCUUUUUUAUGGUAUUACUGGAUAUUCAUAUGUAAAGUCACAAAUUGUACAGCCAUCUAUUCUGGAUAUUCCAGAAGUACCAUAUAAAAUUGAAACAAAGGGAUAUUUUGGUAAAAAAGGUUUUCGUAAAUGUAAACGCUCAACUACCAAGCUUGAAGACAAAGAAACAGGUUUUAUAGAUAACAGUGUUAAUCUUAUGCCUUCUAGUGAGUCUGAAACAUCUGAUACUGAAACUAAGAGUGCAGCUAUGCUUAAACCGCAAGUACGUUAUGAAAUUAUACAGUUACUGUGGAUGAUAGUUGAUACCACAUCACACAGAGAUUUUUUCAAUUAUUGGCCACAGCUAGUUGUCAGUAAUUCAACCACUAAUAAAAGAACUUUGGCCAAAUAUAUUCUUUUGGAGACAAGAGAAAAGAAUAGACAAGUAGCUCUUUUUGUUUUCUAUAAUAUAUUGAUUGGCGGUAGAAUAUUUCUCAUACAUGCUGAAACUGUAGAACAGUUGUCUUUUAUAACAAUUUUUGGAAUGCUUGGUUCUGUUGUUGAAGAAUUACAUAAUACAUUAUCAUUAUUAUUAAGUAGUGAAAAAAGUAAUACAGUACUUAUACAAACAUUGAAGUGUACAGCUGUUUUAGCUAAAGCAACACCUUAUACUAAACUUAAAACUGGUUUAGUUACAAAAUUAGUUAGACAUUGUCAAGCAUUUUUAUUUCAUAAAGAUGUCUGUGUAAAAGUUGCAGCACUAGCAGUUUUUGAGGCAUUGACAUUAUCUAAUUUCAUAAGCUCAGAAGUAAUGACUAUUCUAUCAAAACCUGUUAAAAAUCGCGUGAAAUCGGUAGUAGAUACUCCUAAAGAGAAUGAAGCAGAAGAACAUUUUUUUGAAUUAGAAAAGACUGAUGAAAACAGGUUGGAAAAGAAUUCUAAUUCUGAGUGUGAACAAGAAGACUCUGACUUUGUUGACAUGUUUGAUGAUGGAUUUGAAGAAAUUGUUGAUGAAAUUGACAUAAAUAAUGUUGAUUUAACUGUCAAUGAAGAAAAUGUUGCACCACAAGUAAAGAUUAGUGCUUUGGUUGAAUAUUGUUUAUUUAACUUGAGUCUUGCGGCCAAUGAACAAAUAAAAGUUCAAUCUUUGAAAUUACUAGGGAAUUUGGCUUUCAAUGUGAGCAGCUUGAUAAUUCCAUUUUUAGAUCGAAUUGUUCCAAAAUUGAUUAAAAUAAGUAGCACAGAGACUGAAUGUAUUGUAGCUACUCAUGCUUGUCGUGUUGUAGAAAAUAUUUCAAGAUAUUUAUACAAAUCCAAACCUGAUUUAGCCUCUAAAUUUUGGAAUAUAGCAUUUGAUGAUAUUUUAUCAUUGUUGCAACAUUAUAAUUCUUCCAUUAGAGAGAUUGCUUGUGACUGCUUAGGAAAUUUAACAAAGGAAAUAUUGGAGUGUCGCAACAAAACAAUAAAAGUAAUCUCUGGACUUCUGGGAGCAACUAGAGAUGAAUCAUCUAAUGUAAAAGCUGAAAGUAUUCGAGCUUUAGGAGCUUUGGUAGAUACGCCAAAUUUAGAAGAAGAUACUAAUUUUUUAAUGGAUGUGAUUGAAAUUACUUGUGCUGCCUAUGACGAUCGUUGUCAACCUGUUCGAUUCAAAGCUAUUUGGACUUUAGCAGCAGUUUUUGAUUGUCUAAUUAGAAGGGAAAAAAAUCCAGAAGUAGAACCCAUUUCAUUGAAAAUAGCUUUACCUCAAGCUUAUAUUGUAAGUUUGAAAGCAUGCAAGGACGGUGAUAAAGUGAGUUCUAAUGCUGUACGAAUAAUUGGUAGUAUUUUGUAUUUGUGCAAAAAUAAAGAAGUAAUAUCUGAUACUGCUUCUGGACUUGAAGCAUUAUUAGAUUGCAUUAAAAAUUCAACGGAUAGUAAAGUGAGGUGGAAUGCAUGUAGAGCGCUUGGAAAUGCUCUAAAUGGAGAACCAAAUGAAGUAUUACCACCUUUGUGGGAAGAACAAGUUUUUCCUAUUUUAUGUGAUUUAUUGUACAACACUCGGAACUUUAAAAUUCGAAUUAAUGCUGCAGUAGCUCUAACAUCAAGUAAAUCAUUUGGAAAAUACUUGGUAAAUAUUUGGAAAAGUGUUAUGCUAGGUUUUGAAAAUUCAAAACAUGUACCACAUUACACAGAAUAUGUUCACCAAGAUGGACUAGUUGUUCAGUUCUGCUUAUUGCUAUGUCAUUUGGCUUGUUUCAUUGAUGUUAGUGAUUUGGAGUCUUUAUGGUUUGAAAUAGAAAAUCAUUAUGAUGAUGCUCUACAAUAUAUGCAAAAUUUUCAUGAUAAUGUAUUACCAGAAAAAGCUGUUGUUUUGAUGAAGGCUAAAACUUAUCUUACUGGGUUAAAGCAGCAAUGUACAAAAUCUAGUGACCAACAUAUAGUUGUAAAAUUGCUAGGAUUUUUUGAAAAAAAUGAAAGAUUUGUUGCUGUGGAUGCUUCAUCAACUCCUAACUAAAAAUUGCAUUAUGUAUAAAAAUAAGUUGUAAUUAUUACGAAGUAAUUUAUUAUAUCAAUCUUAAUUGAUGGAAA